UGAGUAUGCAACCUUCAGGAGCGGGAAAAGGCCCGGAAAGAUUUUCCGAUGAGAGAGAGCAUUACACUCAUUCCAAAAGUUCGAGCUCAACCAAGAAUUUUGACCAUACUUCAUGUAGGAGCCCUUCUUCUAGACGAGAAUAUGACGAAUUAGAAGAGGAUGAUGUCACUAGAGCAAUUAAUGCUUUAGAAAUUGAAGCUCAAAUUGGCGAAAAAAUAAAUUUAAGGCAAGGUGGUAAUAUCAACUGGGAUACCGAAAUUCAGGUAGAAAUUAAUGAUCCGAAUUCACCUCUCUACUCUAAGUGCUCCGACUUUAAGGAAUUAAAUCUGCCCAAGAACUUAAUAAAAGGCCUAGAUGCCAUGGGCUAUUUUAAGCCAUCUUACAUACAGGAAACUACUCUUCCCAUGUUAACUUCUAAUCCACCACGAAACUUAAUAGCGCAGUCACAAUCCGGGACAGGGAAGACGGCCGCCUUUUGUUUGGGUAUAUUGACAAGAGUCACGGAUGCCUCUUACCCGCAGGCCAUUUGCGUUAGUCCUACCCGAGAACUAACUGAUCAAACAUACAACGUAAUAAAAAUGAUGGCGAAGUAUCUAACGGUUCAAAGUGUUCUCGCCCUUCCUUCAGUUUCUAGACUCCCUAGAGACCACAAAGUUCGAGAGCAAGUUAUUAUAGGGACCGCUGGAACUAUUCAAAUGUGGAUUAGCAAAAAAUUUUUUGAUCCAUCUAAAAUAAUUAUCCUUGUCUUUGAUGAGGCGGAUCAGAUGUUAAUAGGAUCCUCUAGAAUUGACUCAAUGAAAAUUAAAAGCAAAUGUACACGUCUUCAGCAGGUGCUGCUUUUUUCCGCAACUUUUGGUGAAGAGGUUUGCGAGUUCGCUUCAGAUGUCGUUGGAAAAUCCGCAAACCGCGUGCUUCUAAAGCCUAAAGAAAUUACAGUAAAAAAAAUAAGACAGUACCGCAUGGAUUGUGGAUCGUCCAACGGAAGAUUUCAGGCGCUAAAGAUUUUGUAUGAAUGUCUUACACUUGGCAGCGUGAUUAUAUUUGUCAACACCACUGAGGCAGCACAGUCUCUAGCGCGGCGCAUGUCAGAAGAAGGCCACGCGGUUUCUGUGAUCUACGGCAAACUUGAGGGCCUCGAACGAAAGCGUGUGAUGCAGCAAUUUCGCACGGGACAAACGCGCGUGUUGAUUAGUACGAAUUUGCUGGCCCGUGGCAUAGAUGUUGAGCAUGUCAAUGUUGUUAUUAAUUACGACAUUCCUUGGGAUUAUGAACUUCGAAAACCGGAUCCUGAAAAUUAUGUUCACCGGAUCGGCCGUUGUGGUCGUUUUGGCAGAAGAGGACUUGCUAUCAAUUUUGUGUACGAUCAAAAGAGUAAAGAAGAUUUAGAAGAAAUAUGUAGGUGUACCAACUCACAAAUGAUAGACGUGCCUAUGGAUGACGAAGAAAUUGAGAGGCACAUGCAACUUUGAUUACUUCU